AUGUUUCCAGCUACGAUUGACGAGCCAUCGACGCCGACUGAGAAUGCUAUCAGUACGAGUUGGUCUGAUAUGGUGGAGGAAGAGUACAAUAGCUUCCUAAAUCUACCAGAUAGUGUAGUUUUAGCGCGUAAUAGAGGGGAACACAAGAAUAUCGUUGAACCUUCAGUUCCAGUUAGGGCUUCUGAUUCUGAUAUACAGAUACCGAUUAGGGAUUCUCCAUCCUUCCAACGAGGAGGCGUCAGGGGGGGUGGAAGUUAUCGUGGGGCAAGAGGAGGUCGAGGGGAUGCAGGUGGUAGGAGAUCUAACGAGCUUGAGGGCCAAGAACAUCGCUCAUGGGCAAACAUCACUGCUGCAUCAACCCGUUCAAACAUCAAACUCAGGUAUGUCCCUCCUUCUUCUUUUGAGGAUAGUGUUGUUGUAAAUAUGCCCCCAAGGACUGAUCCGCUAGAGAAAUGGGACUCCUGUCUUGUGGGUUACUUUGUUGAUAUGGGAGUGGGCUACAAUUAUUUGCGUAACAGUGCUUUUGGGAUGUGGAAAACUCAGGGCCUCAAAGAGGUUCUUACUAAUGGGGAUGGGUUCAUGUUCUUUAUUUUUGAUACCCUUGAUAGUUGUAGAGAAGUUCUUGAAGGAGGUCCAUGGUACAUAGGAGGUUAUCUCCUUAUUCUAAAACAAUGGAAAAGGAUGACGAAGCUAUCAAAAGAUAAAUCCACAAAAAUUCCAGUAUGGGUGAAGUUCUUUAACAUCCCUUUGGAAUAUUGGGAUCCUGAUGGUUUAAGUAGGAUUGCAAGUGCAAUUGGACAUCCCCUCUUUAUGGACCAGCUUACGGUUCGGGGUAGUAGGGUGGCUUUUGCUAGAAUCUGUGUGGAAAUUGAGGCUACCUCAAAACUGCCCACUUAUUUCCAAAUUAGGCAUGAUGAUGAAGCUGUUCUAAUCCGAGUCGAAUAUCAGGGGCUACCGUCAAGGUGUCAACAUUGCCAAAUAUUUGGACAUAGCACUCAAAAGUGUGUGUCUCAACAGGUGGCUAAGCUGAUCUCUAUGCAGAAGACAACUGAGGAAAAUGUAAGUGCUCAAGACGAAGGCUGGACCACUGUCACAGCUAAGGGGAAGAGGAAGGUGGGUGAUCCUGAGUUGGAAACUAUCCCAGAAGUGGUGGAACUCCCAGCUCCAGCUUCUACAGUAGACCCAGUUCCAGCUCCAGCUCCUGAAAUUGCUCCCACUGAGGUGGACUCAUCUGAUCAAUCCUUUGACACUCAGGAGACUUCUACGAUCAAGAGCUUAUCCGGGGAGGAGCAAAGCUCUGAAAGCAGUGAUGUGGAUAGGUUCCAAAAGAAGGUGUUCGAGAUUGCAAAGCUGGUGGUCCCCAAUGCUGCUGAAAUGUUGGACACUGCGAUUAAAGAAGUUAAGGCUGAAAAGGCGAUCCAUAGUUCUGCUACCCCAUCCCAGCAGGUGAAGAACAGGCCCUCUGGCAAAGGCAGCAGCAGCAAGAGGAAGAAAAAGAGAGGUUUGAAUGAUCCCUCUAAACAUAAAGAAGUUAAAAAGUUUGUGCUUAAAGAGAAUAUUCAGGUCAUGGGGGUUUUGGAAACCAAAAUAAAACAGUCUAAAGAGAGUAGCAUCUGUGGUAAAUGUUUUGAUCAAUGGUCUAUGCUCUCUAAUUCACAACCAACUGAAACUGGUAGAGUCUGGGUGUGCUGGAACAAUGUUUUUUGUGAUGUUCAAAUGAUUUCUAUGUCUAAUCAGCAUAUUUUGUGUAAAAUUAUUGAAUUGGCUUCCAAUGAAAUCUUUUAUGCAACUUUUGUUUAUGCUGAAAAUAAGCACACAUUGAGAAAGGUUUUUUUUGAAUCUAUGCUUGAUAUCUCCCGUGUUAAAUCCAAAGUUCCUUGUGUUUUUCUGGGUGAUUUUAAUGCUAUUAGAUACCAGCAGGAAAAAAUUGGGGGGACUUCUAAUUGGACGAAUGAUAAUGCUUCUGAGUUGGCUGAUUUGUCUUACGGAGGUUGCCAAUUCACCUGGGCUAACAAUAGGAGUGAGGGGACCUAUAUAGCUACCAAAAUUGAUAGAGUUCUGGUUAAUGAGGCUUGGCUGGAUAAAUUUCCUGAGGCUACUGCCCAGUUUCUCCCCUCUAGUAUUUCUGACCACUCCCCUGCUGUGGUCAAUAUCAGUGCCACCAAGUGCUCUUUCAAAAAACCUUUCAAAUACUUUGAUUCCUGGUCUCAACAUCCAGAUUUUCUGGGUACUGUUUCUAACACCUGGGGGCAGUAUAUUCAAGGGGUUCCUAUGUUCAGGGUCUAUCAAAAACUCAGAAAGCUUAAAGCUAGUCUUAAGCUUUUGAAUAAGAAAGACUUUAGUGACAUAUCUACUCGUGUCCAAAUUGCUAAAACUAAUCUGGAUCUUAUUCAAUAUAAACUUGACAAAGACCCUUUGAAUAGUGUUUUGCAAGCCCAAGAGAGAGAGGAUCUGAAUAAGUAUAUUGAGCUUAGCAAAGUUGAAGAGAGCCUUGCUCUUCAAAAAUCCAGAGUGCAGUGGCUUGGUCUUGGGGAUAGAAAUAGCAAAUUCUUCUUUAGGUCUGUGAAAAGUAAUAUCAAUAGAGGGAAGAUUUUGAGUGUUGUCAUGAGUGAUGGUUCUAGGUCUACUCAUAGUACUGAUGUUCACACCUCCUUUAUUAAUUUUUAUACCAACUUGUUUGGUACCCCUUCUGUGGAUCAGUACCAGGGCCUUGAGAGGAUUCAAUCUUUGGUGGAAAAAAAAGUCUCUCUCUCUCAAUCUGCUUCAAUGUCCAAGCCUGUUUCUGAAACUGAAAUCAAGGAGGUUUUUUGGUCUUUAAAGUCCAAUAAAGCCCCUGGCCCGGAUGGGUAUUCCGCUAGUUUUUUUAAGAGCUCUUGGGAUAUUGUUGGUAAGGAUGUCAUUCUAGCUAUUAAGUCUUUCUUUGACUCUGCUAAACUUCUUUCAGAGGUUAACAGUACCAUUAUAGCUCUUAUUCCUAAAGUUCCUAAUCCUACUCAUGUUGGUGACUAUAGACCCAUCUCUUGUUGUAAUACCAUCUACAAAUGCAUUGCCAAGAUCAUAGCUAAUAGAAUUAAAUUGGCCCUUCCUGAUUUGAUUGAUCCUGUGCACUCUGCGUUUGUUCAAGGUAGAAGGAUCUCGGACAACAUUUUCUUGUCCCAAGAGAUUAUGAGAGGUUACCAUAGGAGUUCCCACUCUCCUAAGUGUGCCAUGAAAGUUGAUAUUAUGAAAGCUUAUGAUACUGUGAGAUGGGACUUUAUCAUUGAUCUCGGACAACAAAGGCUUGCAUUACGAGUCCUUCUUUCUCGAUUUGUAGUAAUGGGAGCCUUCAGGGGUAUUUUAAAGGGGCGAGGGGAUUAA